AUGCCAUUCGAGGGCUCGCGUUUGCCUCUGCCCCAGGGUUCCGUCGCUCCUUCAAAGAUUCCCAGUCCCGUUAAGCCAACGCCGCUCUCCGAAUCCAAAUCCGCCAACAUCAUGCCUAUGGAUCCGCCAAAGAUGACUACAACGGGCCUCAAGAAGGUUCCGGUAACUGGUGUUACGCGACCUAUAACCACAACGGCAACUGGCACACGCAAGACACUGGCGGAGCGUGCUGGCGAAACUCGCUCCAUGGCCGCACCACCUCGACCAUCCUCACGUACUGCAACCUCCGCGAGCGCAACCUCCGCUACUACUACCCUUAAGCGGUCACAAUCGGUCAAGGGAAUUUCGCGUGUCGCCGCAGCAGCUACCAGUAUCUCACGUACGACUACCACUCGCCCAGCCAGCGCCCUAGGAACAGCCCGUCCGCCGAGUGCAGCCUCCACUAGGCCCACAUCGGCUGCUGGAACGCGUCCAACCAGCGCGACCUCCAUGCGACCAGGCUCAAGCGGUUCGGCGAGCAGCAAAACCUCUACAACCACGGCGUCUGCCCCGGGAGGUACCAAAGCAAAACGUCCCGCGUGGGAUACAAAGGGUCGCCUCGAAGACAUGGAAAGCGCCUAUGCCGAACUCCGUACUCAAUUCGUAACUUCGAAGGCUUCUGCUGAGACUUCUACUGAAUUGCUCGAAUCGGAGCGAAGACGAAUUGCUGAACUUGAACUUGGCAGAGUUACAUUGACUGCACAGCGCGAUCAGCUGGAAGCAGAUGUUGCACGUGCGGACCGUAAGGUGAAAGAAUUGACGGAGGAUCUCGACGCGGAGAAGAGAGCUAGGCGUAUGGAGGCCGAAGAUUCCGAGCGCGCCAUCCGUAUGCUUCGUGACGACUUGGAGAGGAGAGAAAGAGCGACAAUUGAUGAAUUGAACCGAAGGUUCCGAGAGGAGAUUGCAACUGUUGAGUCGAAAGCUAAACGUGACAUUGAGGACAUGCAAUCACGAGCGGAGCGUGAAAUCCAUGAUGCUUUCGAGAAAACAAGGGUGGAGAAGGAACGAGUUCAUGCUGAACUAGAAAUCAAAGAUCGUGAAUUGAAGACUGUUAAGACGGAAUUUGCGUCUACCCAGGCCGCUUGGGAGGCAGAAAGGCACAUCACGGCAACUCUUAGGCAGACAGUUGCGGAGCAGUCCGCUGCUCACCUGGCUCUGGAAACCCAGACAAACGCUUUGAAAGCAAGAAGCGAUGGACUUGAAGGCAAUGUGUACGAGAUGCACAGCACGAUUCAGAAAUUGCGAGAGGAAUUGGCGGAAGCGCAGCACAAGCAACAAGCCGCGGAAACCCAACUCAUCACUGAAGAGACAAUCCGGCGAAAGUUGCACAAUCAGAUUCAGGAGCUGAAGGGCAAUAUCCGCGUUUUCUGUCGUGUCCGCCCACCUUUGGAGAAGGAACUUGGCAUGGAAGGAGGCUUAGUGGAGAUGAAGAUGGAGGAUCAAGAUAGUGAAGGUAAGGAGAUUGAGCUUGUUGGAACCGAAGAGAAGACGGCCAUGGGUGGUGUCAAGGCUGCCAAGUCUUGGCCGUUUUCAUUUGACAAGGUGUUCAAUGCUGCCAGCGCCAAUCAGGAGGUCUUUGAAGAAAUCAGUCAAUUGGUCCAGUCGGCUCUUGAUGGAUACAAUGUUUGCAUCUUCGCCUAUGGACAGACUGGUUCGGGUAAGACAUACACCAUGUCCAGUGACGAUGGUAUGAUCCCACGCGCCGUUCACCAAAUCUACUCGACGGCCGAGGCACUUCGCAAUAAGGGCUGGACAUACACUAUGGAAGGCCAGUUCCUUGAAAUUUACAACGAGACCAUCAACGACUUGCUUGGUAAAGCAGAAGAGUUCGACAAGAAGAAACACGAGAUCCGUCACGACAAGGGCACCACGAUCGUCACCGAUCUCACUAGUGUUCCGCUCGAUACUCCGGGACGCGUGGCAACUUUGUUGAAACGCGCCAGUAACAACCGUUCUGUUGCGGCGACGCAUGCGAACGAGCGCUCUUCGCGUUCUCACAGUGUCUUCAUGUUGCACCUGCGCGGCACGAACUCCGUCACCGGCGAAAAGAGCCAAGGCACAUUGAACUUGAUUGAUUUAGCCGGAAGUGAACGCUUGAAUCACAGUGGAAGCUUCACAGGGGAUAGGCUCAAAGAAACACAAGCUAUCAACAAGAGUUUGAGUUGCUUGGGAGACGUCAUUUACGCCCUGGGCAGUGGCAAGGAAGGAGGUCAUGUUCCGUACAGAAAUUCCAAGGCAGGAAACAAAUGGUUGACAUAUCUUCUGCAAAACUCUCUUGGUGGAAACUCUAAGACACUCAUGUUCGUGAACAUCUCUCCGUUGCAGCAGCAUCUGAACGAGACAUUGUGUUCUUUGAGAUUCGCGACUAAGGUCAACUCUACCAGCAUUGGCGUGCCGAAGAAGAGGAUGAUUAAUGCCUGA